AUAUCGACGUUUCACUUCCCGGACAAUCAUUCCUCUGACAAAAGUGUGUCCAAAUCAAUAGCAUUAGCGGUAUUUGACGGACACGGAGGCGGCUCUUGCGUUGAUAUCAUCUCUCGCAGACUUUUUCAUUAUAUCGCUCUCUCGUUGAAUCCAAGCAUAAAAUCAUACGAUAAGAAUCAGUUAAACACAUUGAUUGAAGACUUAUAUUACUGUCCGAAUCCAUACCAUAACAUAACUCACAAAUACGAAGACAGAGCCGCAGAAUAUUUGAAGAAACAUCUCUUAGAAUCCGAAGAAAAAAUUUUAACACAAUUUGUUAGAGACUUAAAACCAAAUAAUGAUAUAUCGAGUGCUUUGGAGAACGCAUUCAUCAGAUGUGACAGUGAUUUAAGCGAAGAGAUUGAACACAAUCUGCUUUCGUCUUCGUCUAACAUUUUACUGCAUUAUUACCUGUCAUUAGCGGUCAGCGGCUGUUGUGUCACUCUUAUGCUCAUCCAUGAAGACAUUGCAUACAUCGCAUCCACCGGUGACUGUCGAGCGGUUCUUGGAUUGUCCGGUAGUUCUAACACUAAGGCAACACUAAAGACAAUCGACUUAUCAAAGGAGCACAACAGCGACAAUAUAGCAGAACUGAAACGAGUUCUUUCAGAACAUCCAAAGAGUGAACAAAAUAAUAUCAUUAGAAAUGAGAGA